AUGAGGUGGACCUUGGCCUUAGUCCUGGUCCUGGUCUUGGUUCAGUCUGAGGCCAAAGACAAAGUGAGAAAACGAGGGAAGAAAAGACAAGACGAAGACAUUAAACCUAAAGAGAAGCGACACAAGCCUUUGAAGCUGAGGCUGGUCCCAGCCCCGAGGGUGCUAAUUGGCCCAGAGCCUCUGCAGAGCGAUUCCAUUGGUCCCUUCUCCCAGGACAUGGCUACAAGUGGUCCAGAGCCAGAGGACCGCAUUCCAGAACUGCUCAAGACCGAGACGGAUUCACAAGACUAUGUGGAACCAGAGUUCAGUGAUCAGAGCUUCACCAAUGACGUGGUUGAGAAAUGGGAGCAGCAGCAGAAGAAGAAAGAGGAGUCCAGGCGCAGAAACAAGAGGAGGAGAGACAAACAGAAGAAGAGGGAGGAGCAGCAGGCACUCAGGAUCCAGGUAAAAAAUGAACAGAAAAAGUGGAAACAGUUGGAGGCGGAGAUCCGGAGACAGGAGGAGACGAAACUCCGGAGACAGGAGGAGGCUGAGCUCCGGAAAGGAGAGGAGGAAGUGCAGGUGUGGCUCCGAGGAGAUGUGUUUGAGAUCCAAAACAAAGAUGAAAAAAUGGAAUCCCAGGGUCCAACAGACGAGCGGCCAGCAGAGGGAGACAUGGAUGCCAUCACAGUGCAUAAAGAGCUGCAGGAGGUCUUUGAUCCAUCCCCGGACCCAGACCUGGACCCGGGCCGCGGAGGCCUCCCUCAGGGCUGUGACAUCUCUGAUGUCACGGUGUCAUGUGAAAACGCCAACCUGCUUCACUUCCCUCCGCUGUCCAUCCCCGAGCUCAAGUCCCUGAGUCUGGAAGGGAACAAUAUCAGCAGUGUCCCAGCGGGGGCGUUUAACGGGAUCCCAAACCUGGAGUGGAUCAACCUGAAGAAAAACCGGCUGACAUCUGCAGGGAUCCACCCCCUGGCAUUCACAAGAUUGAAGUUCCUUACUCGCCUGUACCUGGACGGGAACCUUUUGGAGGUUGUUCCCUCUGGAUUUCCACAAACUCUACAGGAGCUAAAGAUCAACGAGAACCAUCUCCAGGGCAUUCAGGAAAGCAGCUUCAAAGGCCUCAACAGUCUGGUGACCCUGGAACUGGAGGGGAACAGGCUCAGUGAAGGCGGUGUGGCUCAUGGGGCGUUCAGGGAUCUGAAGGAGCUCUUCUACCUACGGCUCGGGAGGAACCUCUUCAGAGCAGUCCCCCAAGGACUUCCCCCAAGUCUACAGGUGAGACAGAGUCUACAGGAGCUGUACCUAGAGCACAAUCUGAUUGAGGAGAUUUCUGACACAAUUUUCAACCAAACUCAAAGUUUAACUUUGAUCUCACUGAGAAACAACCGACUGGAGGAAAACCGCAUCGGCCCACAUGCUUGGAUUCACCACAGGUCUCUGGAGUCUCUGGACUUGUCCCAUAAUGAGCUGCAUCUCGUCCCAUCCUUCCUGCCUCAGGCUCUGGUUCAUCUGGUGCUGGUGGGAAACCACAUCGAGAGAAUCCCAGGGUACGUGUUCGCCCACAUGUCCCCUGGCCUGGAGUACCUGUACCUCUCUUAUAACAAACUGGACGGAGAGGGGGUUGAGCCCGAGUCAUUCUUGGGGACGUACCAGUCCAUGGUUGAGCUGUGUCUGGACCACAACAAUCUGCUGAACGUCCCCUCGGGUAUCAACGAGAUGAUCAACCUGCACUUUCUGAGGCUCAACGACAACAAAAUACGGACCGUCCCGGACCACAGUCUGUGUGACCCUGGUCUGAACGGAGAGGGUUCGUUGGUUGCCGUUCGUUUGGAUAAUAACUUCAUCAACCCUGAGACCGUGUCUCCAUCGGCCUUCUCCUGUGUGAGAGCAUCCUCCAGCGUGGUGCUCAAGCCCCAAUACACUGCAAAGAGGUCCCUGAGACACAAGUGA